AUGUCGCCGAAGACCUCCACUGAGGUUGUCAACCUGUCGUAUUGGGUUUUCACAGCAUGGUGGGUUAUUAUCCUCGCUGUUCAUCUGGUUACGAGCGCCUACAACGCGCUUUACGCCUACUGCUACUGGCAUCUCCAAGACACCUUUCUCAACAUGUACCUCGAGUCGUACCAGAUCGGCAUGCCGCCAGUGUACCACCAUACUAUAGCCUUCGUUCAUGUCAUCAUGUCAUCGGUUCAUGGCGUUUGUAUCCUACUUAUGAUAAUUGGCUCACUGUGGCAGCAUUCACUGCUCUUUUCCCCAUGGCCAAGAGGCAGUAAAACCGAUGACGUGAAGGCAAGUCGUACGAAUUCUGUUGUACUCAAGAGUUUUACGAAAGUAUACGACAAACUAUCCGAUCGCCAUGGUCUUCUCGGCGUGAAUGGAAGUCACUUCCACGCAGUCCUUGUUUGCCGUGAGGUUAUUGAGACGGUGCUCCAGACGGUUCAAGCUUAUCGCAUGAGUGUUUUACUUCCUAGAACGCUGUUAAAUCGAUUUUACGUCCUGCUGCUUGCAAUUAACUGCUGGUCGUCCGUCAUCGUGUAUUCCGUGCUAUUUAAAGGGGACGAGGCUCGAAGACGGUUUGCUUGUAUUGUUUUGGACUGUAUCCUCGACCUUGUGGCAUGUAUGGGCAUCGAGUUGAUGGUGUUGCUAAGUUACAUAGGGGACUACAACUUCUAA